AUGCUCCCCACACUCCUUACCGUCUUUCGUCGCGACUGCAAUGGCGACGAAACCAUGUCCAGCUGCACAAAGCCCACCAGCUCAGCAAUAACCGUCGGCAUUCCCGCCGCGAUAUCAGGGGUUCUCCUUAUAGUCGCCAUUAUCGUCCUGGUAGUUCUAUACCACAAGCGCAUACGUCGCGAUGACCGCGAAGACCUAGAAGAUCGCCAGCGCGGCUCUGGCUUCUAUGCUCGCUACGCAACACAGCGAUUUGGCACGGAGGGAGGAGCACCACCACCAUCGAAAGGAGGUGCCUAUGCUUCUGAGUCGCGGCGCAGCUCUGCCGAUUCAAUCUUUGAUUUCAAGCAGGAUCACGGCCCCUAUCACCUUGCUCAGUUCCCGAAUCCUGAGGUGCCGAAGCCGGUGGCUGCUCGGGUCGCUUCGUAG